ACUUCAUUUUUUUAUUCUAGUUUAUUUAUUAUUAUUUUUUUUAACCUUGCCCAUCAAUACAACCAUGGCAAGGAUCUCUCUGUUGUUCUCUUUAGCCUUAGUUCUAGCCAUCGGGUCUGUCUUCGCUAACCCACAAACCCACAAGAAAACAAAACAGAUCUUGUGUCCAUCCACUUUGUCCGAACUCCAAUCUUUCUCCUACAAUGAGAUCUCUAAAUUCGUUGAGGAGCAGGCUCAAUCCGCACCGGACAAAGUUCAAUUCAAGGUUUUGUUCGACGCCUGCAAGGGCUACACCGAGUUUCUUGGGAGCUUCAAUUAUACUGGCGCUAAAGAGGAGGUGUUUGAAAAGAGUCAUGCCAUAUUCAAUGUAUUGACUAGGGCGUUGGGUGCGGCACAAGCACAAGUUGGUGUUGUUGAACUUGGGGCUAAGUUGAGCAGGAAUUAUGCAGUGAUGGCUCAAAGUUAUAUUCGCCUUGUGUGGAGAAUUGCUGCCAUCUCGGGGGAGUAUAAGUUCAAUGCUAAUGCUAAGAUAAGCCAAAGUGAAAGAGCUGAGAUAGAUAGCCAUAUGAUUAGGUUGAAGAGUGCCAUAAAGGUUUACGUGAAGGUGAUCACUCAGUGCACCAAGAAGUUCCCUGUUGGGAACAACAUCGAUCUCCCCUCUAUGCCAGGCCUAUUCACCGGAAUGUCUAGGAAAAAAUCUGGCUCAUAUAUUGAUAUAUCUAUCGCAGCCGGCGCUCAGGGCCGAGCUGGAACUGGAUUUGAAUUCGGAGCUGACCGUCAUGCUAAAGGCAAAUCCUUCCUCACAGCGAAAGGCAAUUGAGCAACCCUCACGAGAAACACUUAGACUGAGCAAAAGGCACAAUGUUUUUAAACAACAGAUGAAGGAGCCAUGAGUUCAUCUCUUAUUUUUAUUUUUUAUUUAUCAUUAUGAAGGAGGGAAGCGCCAUGCGAUAUUAAAUCUAUAUUUUGUUACCCAUUAUAAAAAACAUUAUACUGUAUUUGUAACUCAUUAAUAUAAUAUCGCAUGUUUUCUUAA